AUUUUGUACUUUGCCCUGUCUGAGAUCACUGAGCUUAGUUCUGUUUGGGAGAGGGUUUAAGCUGGAAGUCGAGCAUCAGUGUUUACAGUGGCGUGUCUGCCUGAGGGGAAAAAUAUGGGCAAGUUCUUAGCCUUUGGUGUAUUUUCCCUGACUGUUAAUGCUGACAGGAUUUGGUAACAAGCGUCAAAAGAGCCCGUUGUGUUCGUCUGACCAUACCAAAUUGGUGGAAGGAGUUCUGGGUCCUUCUUACCCUGGGUAUGAGUCCUAAGGGUUUGUCCUGCAGGAAACAGAUCAAAGCUUCUUAGUUACAUUGCGUUUAUAAACCACACAGAGACACUGCAUCAGUUAGCUAAUUUUCUAAAUUGCUGUCUCAGCUAUUAUCUUUUUCUUGUCUAGAGAAAGUUCACCAGGCGUUCUAGUUCUGUCUGAAUUAGCCACGUGAUCACAGCAUAAAAUGUUGCUGAAUGUAGAUCUUUGUGCAUCGGGAUUUUUCUGAAGUCGGUUUAGGAGUUUCUGAAAUAGGGGUGCGGAUACUUAACUUACAGCUUAUUAGACCCAAGUAAAAGCUGGGAAAGCAAUUUGAUAUUGCAUGUGAGGAAAGUGCAAGUUACCACCACAAAUGCAAACCUUUCCCAGAUGGCGUGAAAACUAUUCCUGUGCCAUGUACUCUAGGUUUACAGGAGGAAUGUCCUAAACCAAGUGAAUUUUUCUGCACAUGGGUUUGUCUGAUCCAUAUUUCUGUCACCAGUAGGUGGCUUUCUACCCAUUUGUAUGUGUUGUUACUAUCUCAAACCCCAGCAUGCAAGCACAGCACUCACUUUGAAAUGGCCUCAAAGUAUAAAGUCUGAGGAAUAAUUACAGUACUUUAAUCUCCUGGACUACUGGAACAGAGGGUUCAGUUUACCAAAAGUGCUAUGACUACUGAGAAGAUGGUAAUGUUCACAUUAUGCAUUCAUAAAUUGUCCUCAACAGCCAAAUAAUCCUAACAAAUGAUGUCUGUGCAUGGGGAUAUACUGAACAUGGUUUCCAGCAUAUAGUCCUGCUCGUGUGCCCAAAAUGCUCAUGUGGAGCAUGUGGGUGGCACUAGAGCCAGCUCUAGUGGCUCCUAUUUUAAAACAACAACUAAAGAAAGCCUGUGCCUUACCAAAAGGCUCAGAACCCAUAAGGCAAUGGGUAACUUGUAGCCACAAUGCGGUAAUAAAAGUUGGUAAACUUCUGGAUGAAGGCUAGGUUGGAAUUAAAGAAAGAAUCGGGAGGGUGUAGGUCUGUGGUUUGGUUCUCAAUUAAAAGCCUGCAGCACUCUGAACAGGGCUGUCUGCCUGCAGCUUCCUGGCCUGGGGAUUACUGACGUCUACACUGUAACUGUUUCUGUAGCCAUGCUAUAAACAACAGACCCAUCUUACAAGUAGCAUAGAAAACGCUACAUGUCCUGUACAUGUCCAGAGAGUCUUGAUUCUCUGGCCCUGGGUUGGAUUCAUCGUGCACAAUAAGUUUUCUUGUGGGACGUGGUUGUAGAGCUGUAGCUAAAUCAACCUGAGAAUCACACGAAGAAUCUCCACAGGACCUUCCCCGACCUUUCUCUGAUGGGACUUGGGUCUAGGCUGGAUGCGAGCAACGUAAACAAAGAAUGGUUUUGCCUAAGUUUCAACGUCCUACUCUUAUCAGUCCAUGUUCUUCUUUAUUUGCCAUUUAGCAGCUAUAAGGCUCAACAGCACCUGAAGUGCUGUGUGGAUGGUAUCCUGGAGCAUUAUGGUAUUGAUGUCUGUGUUCAUGAGCAUUUCUGAGUUCCGUCCAUGUCAGUUGUGGUAAGUUUGGGCUCCUGACACGUCACAGAUAAGAAGCUGUUCCUAGCUGACGCCUCUUGGGCUUUUUAUCUCUCUGAGUUUUUAUUCCUGUCCCCCACACCUUCUUUUCGAUUGGUUUGAAGUUUACUGGAACAUCUUUAUAGAAAAAAAUAUUAAUGUGUUUGUGCUUAAUGUAGUCUAGUGCACAAUGCCUGCUCAUUACCGCAACUUCCACAACAGCGUGCCAUGGCUAAUCCUUUUUCUGGAAGUUGUUUUCUUCGUCAUCUUUUACUUCUCAGAUUAUGAUAGAGAUGUGUCAAGUAUAUCCUACCCAGAUUUUCAAGAUGUCAACCACAUGGUGAUUUUCGGAUUUGGCUUUUUCCUGACAUUUCUGAAAAGAUACAGGUUUAGCAGCACUGGGUUCAACCUCCUGAUCAUUGUACUGGGUGUCCAAUGCUCCGUGGUGAUAGAAGAGUUAUUACUUUUCCUUCCUGACUGGGAAAGAGAAGAUGAUAUGAGAAGAAUAGUAAAGGCUAGUCUGAGUUUGACUGCCGUGAUCAUCUCCAUUGGAGCUGUUCUUGGAAAGACCAAUCCUGUGCAGUUAAGUCUGAUGACAGUUGUGGAGAUGGUAGCUUUCCACAUGACCAGGUGGAUGCACACCAGAUUCCUACAGAUUUCAGACAAUAUCAGCAUGAUGCAUGUUCACCUGUUUGGAGCCUACUUUGGUCUGGCAGCCGCCUCACGUUUCUCUGAGCCACUGCCAGGGUCUGAGAAGAAUGCAAGUACCCCGAAGUCGGAUUUAUUGUCAAUGCUGGGUACUGUCUUUCUCUGGGUGUUCUGGCCAAGCUUCAAUUCUGUAAUAGGUGAGAACAAGAUCAAAGCAAUCUCCAACACCUACUUUGCCCUUGCAGUGAGCACUGUAACUGCCUUCAUGUUGUCUGCUCUGAUCACAAAGGAUGGAAAAUUCAAAAUGACUCAUAUCCACAGUGCAGUACUAGCUGGUGGGGUCGCUGUUGGUUAUGCAGCACACAGUAUCAAGUAUCCUUGGAUUGCAAUGAUUUUGGGUCUCCUUGCCAGUGUGAUAACCAUAUUAGGAUCUUACUGUUUGCCGAGAUGCUUGAAUCCUGUUCUCAAGAUUCAUGAUACUUCUGGAGUUCAUUUCACAUUUGGCUUGCCUAGUAUGCUUGGAGCUCUUGCCCACGUUGUUCUCUUAGUAAUAGAAAACUGGACUAAUAUACCAAGACUGUGUUAUUUGGUCAUGAUUUACAUUUGGGCCUUCUUCCUGACCAUGGAUGUUGCCUUGAUAACAGGUUUUAUUACAGGUUUCAUCUUAAACCUCAAACUGUUUAAGACCAUCCCUGUAUCAAAGUACUUUGAAGACCAGUUUUAUUGGGAGUUUCCCCAUUUGGCUGUUGGAUAUUGAAUGGAGGAACCCAGAUGACACAUUUGACCAAGAUAAGAUUUUCCUGUUUGUCACUAAAGAAAAUUAAUAGCUACGAUGGGUGGAAAGAGCACUUAACAUAUCAAUUCUCAGGCUCACAAAAGCCA